AUGCCGAUCAUGCAAGCGCUGGGGCGGAGCACGGGGCCAGUCCACGUGGCGCGGCGCCUGCUGAGCAGCCGCGCGUUGUCGCUGUCACCGCCCGCCUCCCCGCAGCCACGCUACGGGAGCAUCAUCACCGUUCUGAGCAUCGACGGCGGCGGUGUCCGAGGGAUCAUUCCAGGCACCAUCCUCGCUUUCCUCGAAGAGAAGCUCCAGGAGCUUGAUGGGCCGGACGCAAGGAUCGCGGACUACUUCGACGUGGUCGCAGGGACGAGCACCGGAGGCCUGGUGGCCACCAUGCCCAACCCCAAGGGCCGCCCGCUCUUUGCCGCCAAGGACAUCAACAAGUUUUACCUCGAGCACUGCCCGAAUAUCUUCCCUGCCAUCUGCAAAGGGCCUAUGGGUUGGCUCAGGAGCAUGAUGGGGCCCAAGUACAACGGCCAGCACUUGCACUCGGUCGUGAAGGAGCUGCUCGGCGACACGCGAGUCCAUCAGACUCUCAAGAACAUCGUCAUCCCCACUUUUGACAUCAAGCUCCUCCAGCCUACCAUCUUCUCAACCUAUGAUGAGAUGAGGGAUAUCUCCAAGAAUGCUCUUCUGUCGGACGUCUGCAUUAGCUCGUCCGCCCCGCCGACCUACCUCCCCGGCCACCAUUUUGAGACCAAGGACAAAGACGGCAAGACCCGGGCCUUCAACCUAAUCGAUGGAGGCGUCGUGGCUAACAAUCCGGUAACUCGUGAAAGCUGCUGGCGAUGA